GACAGCUGGGUCGUAGCUGGGGAGAACUAAACAAUCUUUGACCUACUUACAGACAAUGUUAUUAUCUCCAAGAAGCCCAAGGUUCGGAACUUAAGAUCAAAGGAAUAUCAUCGCCUUUGGAUAAGACUCUUUACUUUGUUCCGAUAGACUAUGUCCCAGUAUUCACACAAUUACCUUCUAGUUCCUAUCCCGGAAUACCCUCUUGUGGACUGCGAUCCGAACAGGAACAUCAAGAUUGUGGUUCUUGGAGGUAGCGGAGUUGGAAAAACAGCGCUGGUCGUCAGGUUUCUCACAAAGAGGUUUAUCGGGGACUAUGAAGCAAACACUGGAGCCUUAUAUUCAAGAAAGGUUACAAUCGAUGGCGAACAAAUCUCUCUCCAGGUGCAGGACACACCUUUUGUCUCAAUGGAGGAUGAAACGGACAACAUCUCCUGCCAGGAGCAAAUUAACCGGUCAAUCUACUGGGCAGAUGGUUUUGUGCUUGUCUUCUCAAUCACUGAUUAUAACAGCUACCGGGCGAUCAGGCCCCUAUACCAGCAUUUACGUAAAAUCCACCCUAAUACCAAGAUUCCCCUUCUUCUGGUGGGAAAUAAAGCUGACCUCCUGAGAGCCAGGCAAGUGGCAUCCGAAGAGGGUCUUCAACUGGCCAAUGAACUGAGCGGGACGUAUGCAGAAGUAUCUGCCCGGGAAAACUAUGAGGGGGUUUACGGUGCUUUUUACCAGUUGUGUCAAGAGGUGGGAAAGAUGAUCUUUAGCUGCAAUGGGGAGAAACGGAGGGGGCUUCAUCUUGUCCGCCCCAGAUCGCCUAACAUGCAGGACUUGAAAAGACGUUUCAAACAGGUGUUGUCUUCUAAAGUGAAAUCCACGACCACCGUCUGACCUUAACCACAGCCAAAAAUGAUCAUUCAUCAGAGCCUCAUACAAAUGCAUUUUUAUUAUAAAACAUUAGAAAUGUUUUCUAUUUGAUACAAGCUGGGCUGGAUAUUACUUGUGCCAUAUUGCACCCAUAUGCACAACCAGUGUUGGGAACUAUUCUUUUACUUUGUGGCAGCAGUUGGUGGAGCUUAGGGCAUCCAAUUUUGCAUACUAUUUUAUUUAUACUGUAGUUACAAGUUACACUUUUUUUGCUUCAUUUUGUAUUAUUUGGCCCAAAGAUGUGGAUAUUUGAUAACUUCUAAUACAAAUCCUUGUUGUUUGCACAUGAGCGAAAUGGGCACAAUAUAACCCGGCAGUGUAUUUGGUAAAAUGAGACAUCUGAUAAUAUUUACAGUGCAGGAAUGCACACCAUGGUGGUAUCCCUUGGUAUACAUGGCACUGUGUAGCAUGGAGUUAAUGG